CGACUCUUCACCGACCGUCAGCCACUCACUCUUCGUCCCACACGCCUGACUCGGUGACUCACCUGUGCGUGCUGUUAUCUGGAGCAUAAAAGGGGUCAAAGAGGAAUAUACUAGACAGAGUCAACUUGAAUCAUUUCACAUCCCCAGAUUAUCCCACUCCUCGCCCUCUCAAAUCACCACACGACGAAAAAUCAUGACCGUCACCAAAGCCGGUCAUCUGUCUUCCCGAGGCGCCGUUCUCGCGGACCCAUCCAAUCGACCCGUUAUGCUCGAUAUCGUCUCCAACUUAUGGCAUCCCGAAUCCAACCCGGGCGGUUAUCUCAGUUUAGGAGUCGCUGAAAACACAUUGAUGCACGACGAAAUCACCCAGUACAUGACCAAGAAUAUCUCCCUCAACAGCCACGCUCUUACCUACGGCGACAGCUUCUCGGGCAGCCAUGGUCUCAAGUCUGCCAUCUCCGCCUUCAUCACCCGUCACUUCUCUCCCCUCCAACCCGUCCUCUCUCGUCACAUCGUCAUCACGUCAGGCGUUGGCCCUGCUAUCGAUAGCUGCGUCUUUUCCCUCUGUGAUCCGGGCGACGGCAUAUUGCUGGGUCGACCUUACUACGGCGCAUUUCCCUCCGACGUGUCUUUGAGAGCAAAGGCCCAAAUUAUUCCCGUUGCAUUCGACGACAUUGACCCAUUUAGUCUCGAUGCCAUGCCGUAUUAUGAGAAGGCUCUCUCGGAUGCCCGGGAAAGGGGCAUCCUCACGAAGGCCAUGAUCCUCUGCAAUCCCCACAACCCUCUCGGGCGCUGUUUCCCCCCUGAAGUCCUGGCCGCCUAUAUGCAGUUCUGCCAGAAACACAACAUUCAUCUCAUAAGCGAUGAGAUAUAUGCGCUGUCGAUUUGGGAGAACCCAGAUGCCCCUGAUGCGCCUCCUUUUACCUCCACUCUGUCGAUCGAUACAGCUGGUCGGAUUGACCCGAGUCUUGUUCACGUUCUGUGGGGGAUGAGCAAGGACUUUGGUUCCAACGGCAUCAGACUAGGUUGUAUCGUCAGCCAGAACAACAACCCUUUGAUCCGUGCGCUGGAGGCCAACUCCUACUUCACCUGCCCCUCCUCCCUGGCAGACCGCGCCACGACCGCCCUCCUCUCGGACACAACCUUUGUCGAAUCCUUCAUCCGUACGAAUAGUCGCCUCCUGACAGAGCGAUACGUCUCGACCGUCCGCUUCCUCGAGUCGCGCGGCAUCCCUUAUCAGGAGGGCUCCAACGCCGGGCUCUUCGUCUGGGUGGACCUCCUGGCGUACCUCGCUGGUGCCGAUUCCUCUGAGGGGCUGGGAUCUGAGGAGGAUCGAUGGGCCUUGGAAACACGGCUCGAGGCCGCGCUGUUGAAGGAACGCGUGUUCCUGGCUUGCGGGGCGGCGUUUGGGAGUUACCGGCCUGGGUGGUUCCGCGUUGUGUUUGCGCAUGAUGAGGCGUAUCUUCUUGAAGGGUUGAGGAGGAUCGUUGACGCUUUGGAGUUGCUCAGGGGUGAGAUGGCUCGGGGGUGAUGGACAGUGGCUGAUCCGAAUAUUGAAGGGAUGUUAACAUGCUCGUGCAUUUUUCAGAGUUAUCCAGUAAACAUUAUAUAGAAGCG